GUGCUCUUGCCGGAAAGGAAACAAAAGAAAUCACCUUAUCGCAAUGCAUCAAUGGCGGAACUUGCUCCGUCUAGAAUUUCAUCUUCAGGUCAUACCGGGAUACAUGCGAUAGUGAAACCCUACCCCUUGUUGCUUUUUCUUGUUGUGGUUCGGAAGUGGCGGGAUAUCUACACUGUCACUCGGAGACACCAUCGCCAUACACAUGGCCAGUCAAGCUAUGGCACAGCAUGAAGGAGGACAUCACACGCGCUGGCACAAAAAGCCUCACUUGAUGCAUAUCCAUAGAUGUCGAUGAACAGGACGG